AUGUUCAUUUCGCUCGUCUUCUGGCUCUUUGUUGAGCUCCUUGCAGUCUCGUCGGCCCAGGCCGCCAAGGAGACUGCAAACAACAUCAUCACUUAUCCAAUCCCCUCUGGCAUCCAAAACUCCACGGCAUUCGAAGUGAAGGUGCGCACGCCUGGCGGGAAAUGGGAGGACUUGGCUGUUUACCGCCCGACUCUUACUGAGAUCAACCCAACCACCGGGCCACGAUCCUACUACCAGUCAUCAAUGGAGCGUCCACAGGAGGUCAGGGUUCGUCCCGACUCGUACGGCAUCAAGGCCCAAAAGUCGGGCCGGAGUGUCAGGUUCACUUUGGACCGACCACGAGACGUCGUUUUGCAGAUCAACGGCGAGAUUUUUAGCGUUUUGCACAUCUUCACUAAUCCAUCACCCGUGGACGAGCCGUCGCCGGAUGACCCUGAUGUCAUCUACUACGGCCCUGGCCUCCACUCGGUGUCUGGCAAGAUUCAAGUCCCCUCUGGAAAGACACUCUACAUCGCCGGCGGCAGCGUUGUCAGCGUCGAGGCGAUCGAGUUUACGAAUGUCACCAACGCCGCUGUCCGUGGUCGUGGUGUUUUGACAUACCCGCGAUCUGGCAACAUUUUCGUCACUCGAUCUCAGAACGUCGUCAUUGAAGGACUCAUCGGACUCAACUUCAUGGCCCGGACAUUCGAAGCAACAGACGUCGACAUCAAGAAUUGGAGAUCUUUCAGCUCUGUCCAGUGGGGCGACGGCAUCGACCUCUUCUGCAGCCAGAAUAUCCUCAUCGAUUCCGUCUUUGUGCGAAGCGCCGACGACUCGGUAGCCAUUUACAACCAUCGAGAUGCAUGGUAUGGCGACGUCAAGAAUAUCACGAUACAGAAUUCAUCACUUUGGGCAGAUGUUGCCCACCCGAUCAACGUCGGAUCCCAUGGCAAUACUGCCAACCCAGCGACGGCCAGCGACAUCACCAUUCGCAACGUCGAUAUCCUCGACCACAGGGAGAAGCAAAUGCUAUAUCAAGGUACUAUAGCGCUCAACGCCGGGGAUAGUAAUCUGCUCGAGGAUAUCCUUAUUGAGGACGUCCGAGUGGAGAACUUCCGGCUCGGCCAGCUACUCAACUUCCGUGUCAUGUUCAAUGAGAAGUAUAACACGUCUCCGGGUCGCGGGAUCCGCAAUGUCGUCAUUCGAAACCUCAAUUAUAACGGCGAGGGAAGCAUCACCUCUCUAUUCUCGGGAUACGACGCUGAACGAACUAUAUCCAAUGUAACAUUCUACAACUUGACGGUGAACGGACAAGUUAUCACUGAUUCCAUGAGAAAGCCGGGCUGGUACUUGACGACGGAUUUCAUUCCACUUCAUGUUAACGAUCAUGUUCACAACCUCACUUUCAAGGCCUAA